AUGGCUUCACUCAAGCACACCGGUCCAUCAACGUUUUACACGGAACUAGCAGAGUUACCCGUUCCUGUGACUGCUGAUUUCGUUGGCGGUGAUGUAGACACCCGCCCAGUUGCACGAGUCACUUAUUCUGUUCGCGAUCACGAGCGUAACACCAAUCGAUCUCUAACCAAGACGUUCCCCGUCAUUAGUACUUCUGGGUCUGACCAACAUACAACCCCUGCAGUCUCCCAUGAUUCAUCUGAAGUCAAGGCGUUCAUAACGUCUCCUUCCAAGUCUCGUCAGGCAAUUCUGCGAGAGGUCACCGAUGGCGCAGGUACAAAACGAAUCGUCGAGAUCUGGGCAGGCACCCAGAUAGAGGCAUCCUUGGAUGUUACUAAGUAUCAUGACGUUUUCCAUACAGACGAGAUCCUAUCGUCGCUCUCAUUCUCUCCGUCGGAGACAUCCUUUCUUUACACUGCUGAAGCGAAUGUCGACGCCGACGCCGACGCUUCAGACGAUCCUUACCUAAAAUUCAGAUUUACCCCGAACUUUGGUGAACCAUCUCGUACGAAGAAAAGACCCACGAUCUUUCUGUUCCGCUGGACAAGGUCCACAGCGUUUACCAGGGCCGCUAAGCAAGACAUGUUACUUUGUGCGCUCUCACUGGCGCAGGUCACUCAAGUACCUGUCCUAUUCGGCCAAGCUACUUUUGCAACAGAGGAUGUCAUCUUCGCCACUGGAUACGACCACACCAAAGACGGUCGAAUACUGGGGGUUAAAUGGUACUUCAAUCGUCCAAUGGGCAUGUGGGAGCUUAGACUUCCCGAGUCAGCAAGCUUGCAUGGAACGCCUUUUGGCACUAGAAUCUCGUGCAACUCACUGAAGCUGACACCACUAGAACGAUCUUGUCGUUCACCUCGUGUAUUAUACGACGACAGUCAAACACCCGUGAAGCUCUUCUGGCUUUCGAACCCCGUUGGUGGUGCUCAUUCAUCUUGUGUUUCUCUGGAAUCUCGCGAUCUCACUGCUGGUACCAACAAGAUCGUCGUGGACACCGUCAUGGAGACUACCCCGGAAAAUCACUUCCCAGGACUUUAUACGGAGUACAACAUGCCUUCCAGGCCCUUUGUGCAUCGCGGAGACCACGCAUAUCUCGUGCUCCACUCCACAUGGUACUCGCGCACAACUGUGCUCGUCAUUGACACAGAAACAGGAGCAAUCACAGACGAGACAAAAAUGCGCGACGGCGAACCUAUGUACAGCUGGAACGUACUUACUACAGACAGCAAGACACACUUUAUCUGUUCGAGGAGCACGCCUACUGCCCCAUCUGAAGUAUUACUGGGAUACUUCGAUGAACAUGGGAACCUCAGUUGGAAAGUCCUAGACAAACCAAUGAUUUCUGUAGAAACGGAGAAUGCGCUCAGUGACCUCACUGCAUCAAUUAUACCCAUCGGUGCACGUCCUCCUACAGAGACCCUCGUUAUUCAGUCAAAGACGCUCUCGUCGAGGACUGGCCCAAAACCUGUUUGCGUGACCUUUCUACAUGGAGGACCUCAUUCGACGUCAACGACAGCGUUCUCACCAGCCAAUGCUGCACUAGCCCUAGAAGGAUAUACCAUCUCCCUCCCCAACUAUACCGGUUCCAUGGGGUUCGGCGAAAAAUACAUCAGAAAACUUCUCGGGCAUUGCGGGACGAUGGACGUAGAAGACGUAGUAGAAAGCGUUAACGAGCUCAUCCGACUCGGUAUUUCAGAACACGGACGACAAGUCGUCCAAGGUGGAAGUCACGGCGGUUUCCUCUCUGCGCACCGACAAUACCCAAACCUAUUCAACGCAGCAGUUAUGUGCAACCCAGUCAUCUCAGUAGGCGAGCUCACAGGAUCCGACAUCCCCGACUGGAUCUACGACGAAUUCGGACUCGAAUUCACCCCCCAGUCGCUCAUGACGCCCAUCACGUACCAAACGCUAUUCGAAGCAUCGCCAAUCGCGCAUGUCGAUCGCGUACGUGCGCCGGUUUUGGUAGUGCUUGGAGAAGACGACUUGCGUGUGGUUCCAACGCAGGGGAUGCGGUUCUAUCAUGCGCUCAAGGGGAGAGAUAGGCGAGUGGAGAUGUUGACGUUCCCGAAGGAGACGCAUCCACUUGACGGGGUGGAGGCGGCGAGGGUUUCGUGGGAGGCUGGGAGGGACUGGUUUAAGGCGUUUGCGGAGGAACAUUGA